AUGCAGCGGGCUUUGUUCAGCCGGAGCGCGCUGCUCGCUCAGCAGGCGGCGGCGGCGGCGGCGGCUCUCGACGGUCCGCUGGCCGCCAGAGGUGCGCCCAUGCUGCAGCGUCUGGACCGCUCCAUGUCCUCCGUCACCGUCCCUCCGCCGUCCUGCUUGCUCAGACCGCUGGAAGCGCCUCUCCGCUACCUGUUCGGACCGGGACCCUCGAACGUUCCUCCGCGCGUCUUAGCAGCUCAGGGCAGACCUAUUAUUGGCCACCUGCACCCAGAAAUGUAUGAGAUUAUGAACGACAUCAAGAAAGGGGUCCAGUACAUCUUCCAGACAGAAAACAACAUGACCAUAGUCAUGAGUGGCUCCGGGCACGCGGCUAUGGAGUGCGCGGUGUUCAACACGGUGGAGCCCGGAGAGAGCGUGCUCGUAGCCAUCAACGGCAUCUGGGGAGAGCGCGUGGCAGAAAUUGCAGAGAGAAUGGGGGCCAAUGUCCACAGGAUGGUAAAAGCCCCUGGAGGCUUUUUCACCAAUAAAGAAAUUGAACAGGCCGUAGAAAAACACAAGCCGGUCCUGUUUUUCCUCACACAUGGAGAAUCUUCUGCUGGUCUCUGUCACCCAAUGGAUGGCGUUGGAGACAUCUGCAGAAAACAUAACUGCCUCCUUCUGGUUGACACAGUUGCUUCUCUUGGAGCAGCACCAAUUUUUAUGGACAAACAAAAUAUCGACAUCCUGUACACUGGCUCCCAGAAGGCUCUGAAUGCACCUCCUGGCACGGCACCCAUCUCCUUUAACGACAGAGCAUGCCAAAAGAUGUUUAACAGGAAGACAAAGCCAGUGUCCUACCUCUUCGAUAUGACACAUCUGUCCAACUACUGGGGCUGCGAUGGUCAACCAGCCAGAAUAUAUCACCACACAGGUCCAGUGUCUGGAUUCUUUGCUCUGAGAGAAAGUCUGGCAAUUCUUUCUGAGAGGGGGCUGGAGGCGUCCUGGAAGAAACACAAAGAGGUGGCGGCCUAUCUGUACAGAGGCCUGGAAGACCUGGGCCUCAAGCUCUUCAUCCCUGAAAGGGAUUUGAGGCUUCCCUCCGUCACCACCAUUGCAAUUCCUGAGGGUUAUGAGUGGAGGGAGCUGCUGGCCUACAUGAUGAAACACCACCAGAUGGAGAUGACAGGGGGACUGGGUCCUUCCAUUGGCAUGGUGAUCAGGAUUGGAUUGAUGGGAUACAACUGUGAGAAGACUAAUGCUGACAUGGCACUGCACGCCCUGGCAGACGCUCUGAAGAACUGCAAAAAGAGCAGGGCUUAAGAGCCCUCAUCCCCCACCCACUGACUGUGUACUCGCUCAUUAGGGAAUAAAAGAAGGAACAUUUAUUGUCUCCACCUGCGGGACAGUCGGAACAAUACACACAUUUCAGAUCAUACCGUUUCUGUACCUUUUGACUGCAGAGAUUUUAGAAAACAUACACUAAGUG